AUGGCGGGGUCCGGCUGCGCGUGGGGCGCCGAGCCGCCGCGGUUCCUGGAGGCCUUCGGGCGGCUGUGGCAGGUGCAGAGCCGCCUGGGCAGCGGGUCGUCGGCGUCGGUGUACCGGGUGCGCUGCUGCGGCACCCCCGGCUCGCCCCCCGGCGCGCUCAAGCAGUUCCUGCCGCCCGGCGCCUCCGGGGCCGCCGCCUCGGCCGCCGAGUACGGCUUCCGCAAGGAGCGCGCGGCGCUGGAGCAGCUGCAGGGCCACCGGAACAUCGUGACCCUGUACGGAGUCUUCACGAUCCACUUCUCCCCCAGCGCGCCGUCGCGCUGCCUGCUGCUGGAGCUGCUGGACGUCAGCGUCUCGGAGCUGCUCCUGUACUCCAGCCACCAGGGCUGCUCCAUGUGGAUGAUACAGCACUGUGCCCGGGACGUGCUGGAGGCCCUCGCUUUCCUUCACUGCGAGGGCUACGUCCAUGCGGACCUCAAGCCGCGGAACAUCCUGUGGAGUGCAGAGAACGAAUGUUUUAAGCUCAUUGACUUUGGACUUAGCUUCAAAGAAGGCAAUCAGGACGUGAAGUACAUCCAGACAGACGGGUACCGGGCUCCAGAAGCAGAACUGCAGAACUGCAUGGCCCAGGCCGGCCUGCAGAGCGACCCAGGGUGCACCUCGGCGGUCGACCUGUGGAGCCUCGGCAUCAUUCUGCUGGAAAUGUUCUCAGGAGUGAAACUGAAGCACACCGUCAGAUCUCAGGAGUGGAAGGCGAACAGCUCUGCUGUCAUCGAUCACAUUUUUGCCAGUAAAGCCGUGGUGAACGCCGCCAUCCCAGCCUAUCACCUCAGAGACCUUAUCAAGAGCAUGCUGCACGACGACCCGAGCCGGAGGACACUGGCCAGCGCAGCCCUGGGCAGCCCCUUCUUCAGCAUCCCCUUCGCUCCUCACAUCGAAGACCUGGUGAUGCUCCCCACCCCGGUGCUGAGGCUGCUCAACGUGCUGGACAGCGACUACCUCGAGAGCGAAGAGGGCUAUGCAGAUGCCGUGGAGGACGUGAGGGAGGUGUGUCAGAAGUAUGGGCCGGUGGUGUCGCUGCUGGUUCCGAAGGAGAGCCCUGCCCGGGGACAGGUCUUUGUCGAGUAUGCCAACGCCGGAGACUCCAAAGCUGCUCAGAAGUUGCUGACGGGAAGGGUGUUUGAUGGGAAGUUUGUCGUGGCUACGUUCUACCCGCUGAGUGCCUACAAGAGAGGGUACCUGUACCAAACCCUGCUUUAGUCUGAGCUUGGGCACGUCCUGUCUCCUCGUCCAUUUCCCAGGUGGUUGUCUUCUCACCCACAUGCCGGAGCACUCCUUCCUGUCGUGAGAGGACACCUUGUACAUUUGUUUCACCUGCUAACGUGGCCGUUGCUCAGGCCGUGACCACCUGCAGACACGGGCGCUGGGCAGGACGGGGCCUCUCCGCUGCCCCGUGAGGGUCCCUGCUGUGUGCGGCCUCAGGCACUUGUCAUUGCGUGUGGUCGUGAGGCAGGAGCGACGGACCACGUCCCCAUGAGCACGGACACACUGUUGGAGUGGGGACAUCCCCUGCACAGCUCUCCUGUGUCGUCCGUGGUGUUACCUCCUUGUCCCACACUGAGUCACAGAUUCGUCGAGAAGCCCUGCCGUGCUGGACAGCCCUGUGAGGGGCUGCAGGGAGCCUGCCCACCGCUGUGGAAGCGAGGCCUCUGGCCAGAGAGCUGCACGCGCGUCCACAGCCUGUGUCGGUGUCUGCUCGAGUGAGGGAGGUGUGUGAGAGGACCCGGCUGGGUCUCCUGUGCGCCCGUGAGCUGGCCCUGUCCACCCCCACCUCUGCCCACCUGUGCACACCUGCGGCACUCAGAGCUGGCCUGCCUGGUAGAAGGUAGAGGAGAAACGGGUUCAUUCCUGGAGGGUUCAGAACAAGUGAGCCUAGACUGGGCUCUGCUGCAGUCUCUCAGCUUCGUGGUCGGAGCAGAGGAAGCGUUGUGCCUCCCGCGGGCCCCCCGUCCUGCAUGCGCUCCUCCCGCGCCUCCUGUGGUCACUGUCGGUUUUCUCAAGGUGUGGUUCUGCCUGACGUGCUCAGAAGAGAAAGAAUUAGAUGUCCAGUGAUGGGAAGAGAAAGGUCAAUACACAGAGGGUGGGUGACCAAGGGUGGUUCUGUUCCGGUCCCCGCCCCCUUCUCGGCCUCUUCUCCUUCGCUGACGAGAAGCCAGAGUGACCUUGUCCCACGUGCUCUGGUCUGGAGGCACGAGUCCAGACAGGUUAGCGAAGUGGGAGGGAAGGAAAGCGCCGCUGAGCAGAGGGGCUGGGCCGAGGGCGUGGACACGGGUGGCUGGGCUUCCCGGCACCAUGGGGAUUGUCUUCGAGGGUUUAACCCUUAGGGAACCUUUAUAAAGCACUGAUCGAAGUGUACAGAGUAUGCAUCUUUGUUUCCUUACCUAAACGAGAUUCUAUUUAUUUAUCUUUCCCAGAGAAGCUGUCUGUGUAUUUCCCCGCGGGAAGCCGCCUGUGCACAUGCAGGCCAGCGGGCCCUCGACCUCGAGAGCCCGGGCAAACGUCCGCUUUGGAGCGUGACUUCUGCUCCCCUGGGCAACAGUGACUGAUAGUUUUUCACAGUUACCAGGUUAUCUCGGGCUCUUUCUUAAUAUUUAUUAUGAAGCCAGGUCUGGUGUCAGGGGCUCUGAAUUGCAGAGGCCUGUGGCACGGUCCCCGGGGAAGUUGUACACGAGCUGCUAGUAUGAGCCCUGAGGAGGAAGGACGCGUACAUUUCAUUUUGGCCCUUUCCGAGGUUGAUGAGCUGAUGUUUUUCAAAAACUAGCUCGAGAAUAUACCCAGCAGGUGGAGACCUAAGCCUUCCUAAAACCACGUGUGGGCGGCAGCAUUCGGGUACAGACAGACGCACACGACAGGCGAAUUCCUUCCCAGGGCGGGUGCUCAGCUGAGCUCUGCGCCCCCCCUUCCCCACCCCCACCACCAGAUCCCAGUCCCGGAACACUGCCGGAGGGCUUCCAGGCUUAGGUCGCAGGGCUGCCGACCUCGCAGUGAAGUGAACCUCACCGUGGUUUCCGUGAACUGCACAGUGCCCUGUGUUCAAGCAUGUGUGGUGGUUAGCACUAGGGUUUUAUUACAGAAGAUGCUAACUAGAUUUUAAGGGAGCUGAGGGAAUACUUGAUGAACCUAAAUAACCGUUUAUUGAAUUAAAUAUUUUUAUUAAAGCCACAGAAUUGAAAAGAUGCCUCCUAUGACUUAAAUUAUUAGCUCUUAGCCCAUGACUACCAAAGAUAUUUGUAGGUUCUCCCUCUUCACACAUGAUCAGAAGUUCAGUCUUAGUAUCUUUCUCAAACCUCAACCAAAUAUUUUCAAAGAUGCAAUUUCUAUGAUUCUUUCAGGAUGAAAUAUAGACACAUAUUUAGAUCCUUUGAAAUGAUUAAAAACUUAGAACUCUUCUCUUUGAGAGGUCGGUAAAGAGGUGAGGGCCCCUGUCACUUAACCCUACCCUUGUGGGGAUAUUUGAUCUCAGGUAGUUUUUCUUCCCUGAAUGAGAAUCAGCUUCCCUUCCCUCCCCAGUUUCUUCAUUGUCCCAGUGUCCUGCUGUGUGUUUGCCCAGAGCCUGUGCGUUGAUUCUGUGGACUUUGCAGGCAGCACUUGCCCAGCCUGUGGGAGGAGGAGCACCAGGCAGCACUGGGCGGGAGGGACACUGGAAGCAGCUCCUGGGGCUCGUCCUCCGCUGGGCUUGGGCACAGCGCCGAGAGCGCCCUCUGCUGGGUCGGGGUGGAGCUGCGGCUGCUCUGCGCCUCCUUCCCGGGGCUCAGGGCUGGAGUGUGGACCUCCAUUCAGUGGGGCUGCAGACUGGCGAGGCUCUGUUUACUGGGUCGUAUGUAACCGCUGAGCAAGUUUAUUUUAAGGGACGCUGCCACCAACAGUGCUGCCGCGAGGGGCCUGCCAUGGGGUGCUUCCGGCUCAUUACCUGGCCUCCCGUGCCCUGCACUGAUCACCUUUCUGGAUGAGUGGCAGGCUCCCCUGGCACCCGGCUUCAGUUCAUUCAUCAAACGCAGGUUGCUGACACUUUGGCAUAAUUUUCUUCCUAGGUCUUAUUUUUUUUACUGUUAAGUUAGGCCUGUUUUACAUAAUUUCUGCUAUCGGGUACACUUGGCAGUGUGAGUUGUGUGUGUGUGUAAUUGAAUGAAAAACAGCACCGUAGUGAUGGGUAGGACUGCAAGGGUUUCCUGGGGAGGGAGUGGGGAGACGCUCAGGGACCUCGGCUGUCCGCAGGUGCGGCUGGGUGUCUUUGUUCGGGGCAGGGCCAAGGUGGGGUCCCCAGGCUGCACCUGGGGAGCAGGUGUCAGACUGAAGCAAGGGCCUUGUUCCCAGAAAACAGACUCGUUGGGGCGAGCGCUUCCCAGACUGUGACCGUCAGCUGCACCUCUGGCUUUUCCUUCGGGUAACUUUUGGGCGGAGUCACAGAGUGAAAUGUCCAGAAUGUCCUUGGUUUACCUUUGUGUGUGUGACCCUGUCCUAUUUAAUUUCCUCAACAUAGCACCUGAGGGACCAGAGCUGCUGGGCAGACUGAUUCUCUGGUGUCUGGUUCCACUUGGACUUCAGGCCCCGACAGCCCUGCCCCGCCCGCCCGAGCAGUCUGUGUGUGUUUCUUGUCAUGUGGUCAUGCCCCCGGGUUGGGCACGUCCCUCCUCCAGGUGCUGGGCUCCGCACUGUUCAUGAGCGGGCGGCUCUUCCACGGCCUCUGACCCCUGUUCUCCCUGAGGAUGAACCGCACCUCCAGGGCAGGGACCUCCGAGCCUCUGCAGUGCGGGGAGGCACAUCUCCGCAGGGGUGGGGCGUGGGGGGGCGUUUCUGAAGUGCCCAGAUCUGAAGGUGUAUUUAGGUUAGGUUAGGUUAGGUUGGGGUUAAGUUGGGUUAGGUUAGGGUUAGGU